AUAGUGCAUUUGAAAGUACUCUGCAUGUUGGAAAAUCCGAGGAUCGCGAACAAAGAUGUCGGCCACCAGGAAAAGUGUAGUGUAGUGAUGUGAUCGAAACAUAGGCUUGAUAUUUGUGUGUGUUUUAAAGAUUAAAUAUUAAACAUCAUGGAUGAGAAUCCAAACCUGAAACGAGACAAUGAAAAUGAAGAUAGUGGGUCACCCAAGAGAAUACGACUGCAAGAGGAAACCACUGAGGAAUCGGGAUCAAUCGAGAAAUUUCAUGAUUCGGAUCUUGUCACCAUAAAGGAAGAGUCCCUAAGUGCAGAGGAAAAUAAUGAGAGUGAAGGAAAUCUUGUUGGUCUCCGAGAAGCAGAUGUUGGAAUAGUUGAAUACGUCAAUGAGGAAGAGGGAUUCCAGGGUGUGCUUAAGCAGAGGUGUCAACAGAUGAUAAGGAGACAAGGACCAGGAUGCACCAGGAAGUGAGAAAGUUUUCAUCGAAGCUGGAGAGCAGUACAACUGUUGUUGAUGGACAGAAGAUGAUCACUGUUACAUUUGCAACACAAGAAGGUAGAAAAAGAAAGAAAUCUGGUUGGCCAAAAAAUCGGCCAGAAUAUUGCAAGUUUGCCCUCUACAAAGAAAAUAAAGACAUCAAUGAUGCUAUCAACAUCAUUUGCAAGUACUUACAGAUGAAUACAAAUCUGUUCGCUUUUGCUGGCAGCAAAGACAAGAGAGCCAUCACAGUUCAAGAAGUGACAGCCAAAAAGGUCACCGCUACAAGACUUAGCCAGUUGAAUAAAGUGCUUCGUGGCAUUAAGCUUGGGAAUUUCAGUUAUGUUAAGACACCGCUGUCAUUGGGCAACCUGUCUGGAAACCAUUUUGUUAUCAUUUUAAGAAAUGUUACUGGAGAGGAUGAUGCCGUGAACAAAGCAAUGUGUUCUCUCAGAGAUAUUGGGUUCAUCAACUAUUUUGGGAUGCAACGUUUUGGAAACUCUUUGAUCGCCACCCAUGAAAUUGGCAGAGCUAUACUUUUACGGAAUUGGCAAGAGGUCAUUGAACUUAUACUGAAGCCCCGUGAUGAAGCUGAUGAGAGAGAUAAAUGGCGUGUGCAUUGGAUGGAAACCAAAGAUGCAAACAGCACCCUGGAAUUGUUGCCAAGCAACAAACGACACUCAGCUGAGAAGGAGCUUCUGCUGGGCAUCCUCAAGUACCCUGGAAAACCUAUCAGUGCACUAUCUUAUAUUCCCCGCACAACAAGAAUGAUGUAUGUACACAGCUACCAGAGCAAGAUUUGGAAUGCCAUGGCAACCAAGCGUAUACAAGAGUAUGGAUUAAAACCAAUGAUAGGAGAUCUAGCUAUAAAAGCGAAUGAUACAGACGGUGACUCAGGCAAGAAUGUGACUGUAUUGUCUGAAAGCAAUUUUAGUAAGUUCAGCUUUGAAGAUGUUGUGUUACCUCAACCUGGCUACAAUAUUCAAUAUCCUACACAUUCAAUUGGUCAACUUUAUAAAUCAAUGAUGGAAGAAGAUGGAGUGAGUUUACAAAGUUUACGGCAUGAGGUUAAGGAGUACUCAUUACCUGGUGCUUACCGCAAAGUAAUAGUAAAACCAUUGAAGGUCAAAUGGUCAAUAAUAAAAUAUAAUGACAGUCUUUUACCGCUGUCUCAAUCAGAUUUAGACAUCAUAGAAGGAAAAGCAUCCCCACAGUCCAUUCCAGAUGGAAAAUUGAAGGCCUUGAAAAUGGAGUUCACUUUACCACCCUCUUCAUACGCUACAAUGGCAGUUCGAGAAGUAACCAAGAUGGAUACCUCAGCUAGUUUUCAGUCAAGCAUAACUAAAUACUAACCAAUGUUUUUUUUACAUGUCUGGGCAAAAUCCUGAAUUUCAAAAUGGGGGUGAAAUGGAAAAGGUUUUAGGAAUCUAUUUUUGUAAUUAAAUUGGUUAAAACAAGUUGGUGUGAGGACAUCAACCACAAUUCUGAAGUAGUGUCUGUGUUUUCCAAUUUCAAUGUGCUUUUGUUAAUGCCACAAAUAAAUUGAAUAUUCAGACACUGAUA